AUGGACCACAAGCAGGUAGAUGCACCAUCUCAGUGGUCUUUCAAAAACUUUUCCAGAACGCAGACGUUCGCGGCAGCCGUCACUCUCCUCUUCUUCGUUGCUGGGUCCUCCAUGAUCAACUCUAGCGAACAAUCGCUUACUGGACAAGGGUGGUCGUACCUCCGUGAUCAAGGGUCCCGGAUCGUGCAAAGCACUGGGGUUCUCAGCUCACUCGUGGGGGGAAAUGAGCUGGCGGCGACAAGACUGGCAAAGGGGAGUCUUGAAAAGAAGCGCCAGAAUGCAGAAUCUGAAGGCGGGUCGGGGAGGAACGUGCAACGAAAGAUGGGGGGAGCUCAAAAGCCGAUUGGCAAUGAGAACAGUCAAACCUCAAAAGUCUUGAUUGCAAGGCCAGGAUCAGAAAGGCCGGCGGAUGCUUCAAUGGCAUCAAAGGCCACGACUGUCGUUUUGAGUAGAGAGGUGACAAAAGAAAAAGGGACAUCAGAGUCGGCCGCUAGUUCAGCCAACUCUGAUGUUGGAGAGGAUGAGGAUCGGACGGAAGAGGGGCUCUCUGAGGAAGGCACCAAUGCAAACGUGGGCUCUGAAAAUAAAGGAGAUCAAGCGAGUUUUGUGGGCGUUUCUGAGGCAAGGGCUGAGUCGAUCUUAGACCCUGAGGGUCGCGGGCAACAGGCUGAUAUGGGGGUUGUAUCAGCGGUGCUGAAAAAUCUCAACGGGGACCAUUCACUGACGCUUGAACUACAGGAAGGGAGGAUAAAGUCCGUCAACGUCGUGAAACGUGACGGCGCCGCAAGCAGGGAUGAAGUUGGGGCUGUAGCGCCAAGGGAAACAGAUUCUCCGGAGGAGGAAACGUUCCCGCUUAAAAGUACGGCGCGUUGCUUGAGAGAUGCAGACGGGUCGGACAUAUGCUACUUCGGGGGCCCGGUUUGUUUCGAUAAGACGCAGGAGAAGAUGGUGUUGAUUGACAGUGAGAGGAAGGGGCAGGAGUUUGCUUCGACCAUCAUCUUCCAGGAAGGGCGCUGGACGAACGGAAGGUACCCACCAGAUUCUAAAUGGCCCCUUCCUGUUAACAACAAGAUUCAGGGAGUAUGGAAAGGCCCAGAAGCCCUGGCGAACGCGACCCUCUUAGACGGCGCGCUCUGGAUCGUCCGGCCGGAAACGGACACAACGGACCACAUCUGGCACACCGGAAUGUCGUUCACGGGGCUUUUACAGGCUCAGAUGCGAAACGGGUCGGGAGAGCUUCCGCCCCAAGACUACGUGCUGGUGCUUAACGAGACGGAGUACCACGAGUUCAAUCUGGGAAUCCUGAACAUAACGACGCAGUCGCAAACGAAGGCGAUCUUCAAGAAAGACCUGGCGCAAGGUGGCAGCACGCUGCUCUGUGGACAGCGCGGCGGGAUCACCAGUUACAAGCCCUUCUUCUCGGUGGGCCCUCUAGACGCCUCCGAGCUCAGGGCACGGGCUUACGAACAUCAAAAGGUCCCAGUUGUUAACAGAGCUAACUGGACUCGGGUCACGGUCCUUAACCGGCCUGAGAAGUUUCCGAGGCACAUUGAGAACGUAGAGGACAUCAUGAGCGUGAUUGAGAAACUAGGGCUGGCGGGAAACCUGAUCCAAGAGGUUUCAGGCCAGCCGCACAUGACCUUCCGACAGCAGGUCGUAACCAUGUCCGAAACGGGGAUCCUGAUCGCAUCUCACGGGGCGGCCCUAUCCAACAUGGUCUGGUUACCAGAAAACGCGGCGGUCAUCGAGCUGUUUCCGGACCGGUUCCUGGAGACGGAAUUCCGGAACAUGGCGGCCGCGCGGAACCUCAUCUACUUCGGCGUCGAGUCGGUGAAUUACACUCACCCGCAGAAGCUGGUUGACUACAGUCUGGAAGACAUCGCGCGGUGUCAAAGCCUGCAUUCCAUAGACCACGCGCACGACGGGACGUGCAACCCGAUGUCCAAGAACUACCCGUUUAGGGUUCCUGUGGAGGAACUAGAGCGAGCGAUUCGGUCCGCGGUGGAGCAUUUCUUCACGCUCGAAGUAGCCAUGCCUCUUCAGAAGCGAUAG